UAAAUAGUGUGAACUGACGGAUCAGGUAAGAGCUGUUAAUUCAUCCUGUCUGCGACACAACAGCAGGUGAAUGAAUGACCGCAACCGAUCCUUUACUUGGUUAUUUUACGCCCGUUGUUGACCUCUACAUCAAGGAAUUAAAGAUGUGAUGUGGAACAUUCCAGUCGGAAUUCUCUGGCUUUGAGUUUUGACGCGUCGCAGACUCUUGUCUGACUUGCAGCAGCUUUACACUUUUAUCGUGGAUUAAGGGUCUGAGUGUCAGACAUGCUGUCAGGGGAGGAGAUCUUAUGCAGCACCCAGCAGGUGAUCGCAGGGCUGGAGGCUCUGCGUGGAGAGAACCGCACACUUCUGGACAGCCUGCAGGAAACACUCCAGAGCCAGACGUCCAGCGAUAGCGGCAGCCUGGAGCAGGAGAAGACCAGCAUCAUUCUAGAGUCUCUGGAGAGGAUCGAGCUGGGCUUAGGAGAAGCGCAAGUGAUGAUGGCGCUGUCGGCACACCUGGGCUCUUUAGAGGCCGAAAAGCAGAAGCUACGUGCUCAGGUGCGGAGGCUGUGCCAGGAGAACCAGUGGCUGCGGGACGAACUGACCCGAGCACAGCAGCAGCUGCAGGAGCGAGAGCAGGAGGUGGUGACUUUAGAGGAGCAGAACAGACACCUGCAGUUCAUGAGCAGCAUCCGCAAGUACGACCACGAAGAGACGUCUCUGGAGGAUAAAGAUUCUACUUCAGGAAAGGAGUCCCUUGAUGAUCUCUUUCCUACAGAAGAAGAGGAGCAGACUCACAUGUCUCAGCCACACAGUAGUGCUGCCGCUGCUGCCCAGCAGGGAGGAUAUGAGAUUCCUGCUCGACUGCGAACGCUCCACAACCUGGUGAUCCAGUACGCCUCUCAGGGACGAUACGAGGUGGCUGUGCCACUCUGUAAACAAGCUUUAGAGGACCUGGAGAAAUCCUCAGGCCACAGCCAUCCAGAUGUUGCCACCAUGCUCAAUAUCCUGGCUUUAGUGUACAGAGAUCAGAACAAAUACAAAGAAGCUGCCAGUCUCCUGAAUGAUGCAUUGGCCAUCCGUGAGAAGACCCUGGGCAUGGACCAUCCAGCAGUGGCAGCUACUCUGAAUAAUCUGGCUGUAUUGUAUGGAAAGCGGGGGAAGUACAAAGAGGCAGAGCCAUUGUGUAAAAGGGCCCUGGAUAUCAGAGAAAAGGUUCUUGGGACGGAUCAUCCCGAUGUAGCGAAGCAGCUGAAUAACUUGGCCCUGUUGUGCCAGAACCAGGGCAAAUACCAGGAGGUGGAGCAGUACUAUGAACGAGCGCUGCACAUUUACCAGAGCCAGCUCGGCCCUGAUGAUGCCAACGUGGCCAAGACCAAAAACAACCUGGCCUCCUGCUACCUCAAGCAGGGAAAAUACAGACAAGCUGAGGCUCUUUAUAAAGAGAUUCUGACUCGAGCUCAUGAGAAAGAGUUUGGCUCAGUGGAGGGAGAUGGACGGCCGGUCUGGAUACAUACAGAAGAGGGCAGCUCUAGACCGGAUGGUCUGGGAAACCUAAAACGCAGCGGAUCAUUCACUAAGCUCCGAGAAUCCAUACGACGAAGCAGUGAAAAACUUGUUCGGAAGCUGAAAGGAGUCGGAACGCAAGAAACAACCCCUCGAGCUGUUGGGAUGAAGAGAGCCAAUUCUCUCAAUGUGCUUAAUGUGGGUGUCAAAGACAAUCAAGAGGCUGCUAUGAUGCCCAAGAGGCUGACAGACGCUCGGGGUCUGAGUUCCAGCACACAGAGUUUGACCCGUCGAGCAUCUCUGACCGGAGACAGUUAACCUUCAGCCACAUCAGCAUCAAGAUCAACCACAUCUGACUGGUCUGUAAUGACUGCAGAGAGCAUAUUUGAUAAUGAUAUAUGAGAAACAGUGUGAGUGUGUGUGAUCACUUCAGAACUCUCUGAAACACACAUUUAAUCGCAGUCCGUCAAAGCUCACUUUGGCAUAUUUCAAAAAAAGAAAAGAUUUUUUACUUGGUUAAAGUAAUUUUCAAUAAACUUGAUCAACUUAUUUUUUAAAGCCAUUUGCAAUAUAAAGUGUCACAAAAUGAUAACCUUUUACAUUUCAGAUCAAUCAGACUACUUAAUAUGACUUAAUAUUUAUAGUUUUUUUUUUUUACAAGAACGGGCAAGAUGUAGGUUUGGUCAAGGUGUGAUCACAUAUUCUUGCUUGACAUGUGCUGCGUCCCAAUUCACAUACUAUCCGUCCUAAAUAGUAUUUGAAAAUAGAGUUAGUAUGUCGCAAACCGUAGUAUGUUGAAAAGAGUAUGCCUUUAUUUUAUGUGUAGAAGCGUCCAUACUCUUGAAUUCGAACUACAAACGCGGGUGAAAAGUGUAAAUAAACUACAAAAAUGGCGGACGCGCGACGGUGCGAGACCAACCGUCAUGUGGAGAAGCUUCGGUAAAGAUGUUUGUAUGAUUGUUAAUUAAUAUCUAGCCAACUGGAAAAUAUUUAAAUUGCGUUUUCUGUGUUUUAUUUCACCUGCAACAACAAUACUGAAUUUAUACAAAGACGUGUUUGGACAUUAACAUCUGAAUGCAAAAUUAUCCAAAGAACUGAGGAGAUAUCUCUGCAUGAAAGACUCGUGAAUGGAAGAUUAACCUGCUGCUGCUUCCCCAAUGAGGUAGGAAAUUAAAUAUGACCGAAAUGUGGAAGAUGUGUUGAGAUGAUUGACAGGGCCAGGACUCAUAAGUUAGCAACACAACGAUCUGUUAAUGAGGACGUAGUAUGUCCCAAACCUUGCAUACUCUUCUGUUACACACUCAAAAGUAAAUAUUUUUCCCUCACAAAAAAGUACAUACUUUUAGGUCGUAGUAUAAAUAUGCGAAUUGGGACGCAGCAAAAGUUUCAUUUCAAUAGGAAUCAUGUGUUCAGCGUUUUAUGUGAGGACGUGAAAUUCCUCAAACAUUUAGCUCAUUUUUUUCCAACUUUGUUUUUAUUCAUUUAAAUCUGUUAAUUUUGUCACAAAAACACAGUGAACAAUAUAGAAUACUGAAUUAUAUAACAUUUCAGAAUGUAUACAGCUGACCAUCUAAGACCAGGCUGCAAAUGGCUGGAAACCAGCAUGGAAAUGGUCAAAACCCCUCUAAAACCAGGCUGGUCGACCAGCUAAAACCAGCAAACCAACCUUGGCUGGUUUAAGCUGUUUUUUUCAGUAGGGUAUUGUCUCAGCCAACAUUUAACAACAAAAAAAUGUAAGAAAAUUACAUAUAAACAUUAAACAAAUUGUAAUUAGUUAUCUUUCCACAGAAUUCCAUUUUAUCUAUCUGUUUACAAAUGAUCUGAAAGGCGACCACACAUUUUUGAAAGCCUCUGAUUACACAUCUUCUUUCUCAAUUUGCAUUAAUUGUACUGACAUAUUUUAAGGAUAAAUAUGUAAUAAACAAAGUCACCACUAAAGCACCUCCUUCCAAAAUAUGACUUAAAUAUUUGUUAGCAGUGCAAAUUUGCUACAUUGACCAACAGAACGUGACUUCUGUGUGAGUAAUUAUAACGGAUGCGACCACAUCUCGACACUGCUUAUUUGAGUGUUAAAGCAUGAUGUGAAAUACAUUCCUCAUGCCAUCAAUGAUAUUGAUGUUACAUUACAAGAUGAAUUCAGUUUGUUCAUUCCUGAGCUCGUCAAACAACUUUUGCCUAUAAAAUAAGGGAUUUUUUUUAUUUCAAGCACAAAUUGUGUAUAUGUUGUGCUUUAGUACUGAAUAGGACAGGUUUUAUAUAAAAGCAGAACUACGGAGCACAAGAACAAUGUACAGUAUGUAACUCCAUGUAAUGGAAGUAGUAGUUAUUGAGAGGUGUUUUUGCGGCUGCUACAUCAUCUGAUCAGUUGUACAUUUUAAAUGGUUGUUACAUAUUUAUGAGCUUUGAGACUAUAUUUAUGUACUAAUUGUUGCUGAUGAACCAAAUAAAACUCUUCUACUUUCUA